GUGCCCUCCUCCGCCUUUAACUUAACGGAGGCUCGUACUUUUCGUCCGUCAGGGAGGAGUCACACGAUAGUUUCUUUAAUAAAGUGACAUGUUUAUGGAAUAAUCCGCGUUUCUACAACACAUAUGACAUCAUGUUCUCAUAAUGUAGUCUCCGUUUGUCCCGGACGUGAAGCUUAUUGAUCAGAAAUCGGAUAAAUUUUCGGCGAAAGAUCGAAGGAAACUGACGGAACAGGAAGGCGGAACAACAACAAGAUCACAGCCUGAGUUGAAAACAUACUCGAAGACCGUCCAUAACAAAAAGUCUGUGCUGGUUGUUUACACAACCUUUUGACUGCUUCCAUUUCAACAGUAAAUAAUUCACCAGACACAUUCAAGCCAAGCACCUGCCACAACAACACAUGCAACUAUGUCCCUGGGCCUGAAACAAGUCUUCAACAAAGACAGGACAUUCCGGCCCAAGCGCAAGUUUGAGCCCGGGACGCAGCGCUUCGAGCUGCACAAGAAGGCUCAGGCGUCCCUGAACGCCGGCCUGGACCUGAAGCAGGCGGUGCAGCUGCCCCACGGAGAGGACCUCAAUGACUGGGUGGCCGUCCACGUCGUCGACUUCUUUAACCGCAUCAACCUCAUCUAUGGCACCAUCAGCGACUCCUGCACCGACCAGACCUGUCCCGUCAUGUCCGGCGGACCCAAGUACGAAUACCGCUGGCAGGACGAGCACAAGUACAAGAGGCCGACGGCGCUGUCGGCCCCCAAGUACAUGAGUCUGCUCAUGGAUUGGAUAGAGGUACAGAUCAACAAUGAGAAUAUCUUCCCAACAAACGUCGGUACUCCCUUCCCUAAGACCUUCAUGCAGGUGGCUAAGAAGAUUUUGUCUCGUCUGUUCCGGGUGUUCGUCCACGUCUACAUCCACCACUUUGACCGGGUGAGCCAGAUGGGGGCCGAGGCUCACGUCAACACCUGCUACAAGCAUUUCUAUUACUUCGUCACUGAGUUCAACCUCACAGACCACAAAGAGCUGGAGCCUCUGAAAGAGAUGACGUCCCGGAUGUGCCACUGAGGGAGCGGACAGCACUGUGGACACACCAUCGUCAAACACAUCCGUCCAUCUAGAAGACUGCAGCAGAGAACUAAAAAGAACAAACAAAUUGAUAAAGAGUCUAUUUUUAUAUUUAAGUACUGUAAUCUAUUUUAGCCGCGUACUGUAGGCUUUAACCGAGAGCGUCGUCAUGUGAGACGUUGUGUUCCUUUUAAAACUUGCAAACAUUUUAUCAGAGCACAGUAUUAAGGCUGUAUGUUUGUGUUGAUGUUUUCUAUUUUAUUUGAAGCUCAAUCAUUCCGGGAUGUUUCUGUCUCUCUUAUUCUUUUUUUUUUUUGUCUGAAAUUAUCUAAAAUUAGUACGAUUUGUCACUGUACAUCUUUACAAUUCCUGUGUUGUUACAUUAAAAUGAUUCUGUACUCUGAUACAGGUGAGUUUCAA